AUGGAGCUCGCCGAGCACGCGGAGGAGCAUUCGGUGUUGCGCCUGCCCGUGGAGGUGGUGCUGGAGGUGUUCCGCUGGCUUGGUCCAGAGUCGCUCCUGCGCGCCGAGGCCGCCUGCCGCCAGUGGCGCGCCAUCACUGGCCCCGGCUCCCCCCACGGCACCGCCCUCUGGCGCACCUGGUACGAGCAACACUUUGGCGGACCUAUGCCGGCGGAGAUGAAGGCCUUGACGAAGCUCCAGCCCAAACCCGAGGCCUCGUGGCGCACCUGGUGCCUCUCCUGUCUCCGCACCCGGCGCCGGCUCGCCGGCCGCGCCCGACGCCGACGCCUGCUGGAGUGGAUCCUCGCCUGCGGCCACCACGCCGCGCUGCGCCGACUCGUGGCCCCACCCUCGCCCGAUCGUGGGGUCGUGACCCGGCUGCUGGCCGGUGGCUGGGCCGAGCCCGGCGAGCGUCGCACGCUGCCGCUGAUGCUGGCGGUGCUGAAGGGCCGCGACCCACGCACGAUCGAGCUGGUGGUCGAGCUCGGCAUCGAGGUCGAAUGGUGCGUGGUGCUCAAGGCGGCGCGCGCGGGCGCGGGCGAGGCGCUGUUUCGGGCCAUGGCGCGGCGCGAGGAGCUGAUGAUGUGGUCCGAGCCAUCGGUGGGCGGCGCGCUGGAGCAAGCGUUCAGCCGUAGCGGCGGGAGCAUGGAGGCCGCCUUCCACGCUGCCUGUGAGGGCAAUCAAGGGGAGCUGGUGUUGUACCUCCUCGGGCAAUGCGCAGACGACAACCGAAGACGCGAAGUGGUGGCCUCGCCCCACAAGGGGCGCACCGCGUUCGAGAGGGCGUGCGUCUACGGUUGGACGAGCGCCUUCCAUGCCCUGCUGCCGCUGCUGAGCCCGGCCGACCUGCGCAGGCCCUCGGCGCUGGACGGGUGGUCGCCCUUGAUGCUGGCCCUGCGCUGUGGGGACGUCGAGAUGGCCCGAACGCUGCUCGACCUGGGCGUGCCGCCCGACCUCGACGAGGGCUGCUCGUCCAGCCCACUCGACGUCGCCUGCCGCAGUUCACAAAGUCCUAACAAGAUCGCGCUGGUGAUGUUGCUUCUUGACUACGGCGCCGACGUGGACGAACCGGACUUGCUGGAGACGGUGUGUGGCUCCAGGUCGCGCCUGGCCGACGAGGCCGCGUGUCUGCUGGUCGCACACGGCGCGCGUGGCAGCAAUCCGCAGACGAUCGACCCGCAAGGGCUCUGGACCGCGUGCGUCGAGAAGGUCCUCCACCGCCGCGACCUGUCGCCCACCCUCCUCUCAUGCCUCCUCGACCACGGCGCCGUUAUUAGAGCGGGGUAUCUGACGGAGCUGGUGGGCGAAUCGCGCUACACGUCGUACGAGCGGAAGCUGGAGGUGGUGAAGCUGCUGCUGGCCAGGCAGCCCGACAUGGUGCGCGGCCCGCUCUGGGGCGCCCUGCUCGACGCGCUGCUCGAAGGCAAUUGCCGCUACAACAACCGGACCCGGUUCAUUCGGGACGUGCUCGGCCGGCUGUUCGCCUACGGCGCCGAGUUACCAGCCGCGGUGAAGAAGGGGUCGGCGCCCAGGGAGCGGAAGUGGAACCUCACGCCGCACGUGCAGGAACUACUCAUCGCCCACGGCAUGCCCCCGCCACCCGCCACCACCACCCCCGCCCACCACCACGCCAAGCCGCCACCACCACAACAGCAACAAGGGAGGGGAACGAAGAAAAGCAAUGGAAUGCGCUCACAACUGCAUUAA